AUGAGUGGAACACAUUUUUAUCUUGCUCUUCCGAGUAAUGCUUCCUAUUCAACGUUUCCCGAUAACACAACAACUAGUUAUCGGGUGAAAUUGCCACAAACAAUUAAUUUAAAUGGUAGCUGGGAAGUUGGUCUAUAUACCAUAAGCUAUCCUCACACAUGGUACAAUCUUCAAAAUAAAGAUAGUCACAUAUAUUCCAGUGCAGACGGUUAUAUUUUUCUAACUUCUAUUGUUGAUUACGGCUAUUAUGAAACGAUGAACGAUCUUGUCAAAUCUGUAAAUGCAAAAUUGAAAAAAGAUAACAAGAAUGAUAAUAUUAAAUUGACGUAUAAUGCUCGAACUGACAAAGUAACUGUUCAUGUGAAGAAUGGCCACCAAUUAGUUGUAACGGGCCGGUUUGCUAUUAUUUUGGGGUUUGGGGAGAAAGAAACGAAAAUUAUUAAAACGACCGUUAGUCCAUAUGCGUCAGAUUUGCAUGGCUCUAUGACGAUAUAUGUUUAUUGUGAUAUAGCAGAACCCCAGAUUGUUGGAGAUACGAAUGCCAAGCUGAUUAGAAGUGUUCCUGUUGAAGGAAAAAUGGGUGACGUAGUUACAAAAACGUUUACCAAUAUACAAUACGUACCCGUUCAAACGAAAUCUUUUGAGGACAUUGAAAUCCUUUUAAGAGACGAUACAGGUAAUCCUGUUCCAUUCGAACGCGGCAAGGUCUUGGUGACACUACACUUUAGACAGAAAAGUUCGCCUUACUUUGCAUAA